UGUAAUUCACAGGUGAUUUCUAUCAAAAUGGAUCAAAAAGCAUGUGCUACAUCACGUGAAAGCUUAGAAGCUUCGAUCGUUUUUACGGAUGGCGGAACGACUGGAACGAGCAGUGAAUUGAGUGUGUCGGACGAGAACCUCGAGGGCUACUCGACACCAACUGGAAGUUCGCUACAACUGGAUUUAGAUCGCUCAUCUUCACCUUCACCCCGCCGCCACACCCUUCUACGAGUAAAUCACUCUAACAGUACAUCAACAGCAACAAUGCCGGCCACUACGGAUAGCAGCUGUACGAUGCCGGACAGUGCCGAUAUCCCGACUUCAAAUAGGAAAAGUCUUAUUGAAGAAAAUCGAGCACUUAGGGAACAUAUCGAUGAGAUAAUGAACGGUUCACGAGUUGAAGUGAUUGAAAAUCUACUUCGAGAAAACGAAAAACUUCAAGAAGAACUGAAAGAGGCGAAGUCGUAUGUUGAUCAAGUGGAUGUCGAAGCAGAACAGCAAUAUACCGAACUCUCAUCUGAAAUAACGGAACUAUGUGAACUGGUGGAAAAGAAGGACAACGAAAUAAAAGCUUUAAAAGAGAAAUUAGCUGAAAUGAGCAAAGCAGUGGAGAAAAACAAUGAAGUAGCCGAGCAGCAAAAGCAAACUGCUCAACGGCAAACGGAGAUUAUUGAAUCACUAAGGGACGAGUUGGACAGCGAAAAGGAAAAGUCUGUGUAUUCAGCAAAAGAAAAAGAAAAAGUGCAAGAAGAAUUGAAUGCAUUGAAGAAAACUGUGGAAACAGAGAAAGGGGACGCGCUUGCGAAGGAUGUACUUUUGUCGAUUGAAUUGGAAGACAUGCAGAGGGAGCUUGAGAAGCAAAAAGAGAUUUUGGCAAGCACAAGUAUCGCUCAAAUUGCAAAUAAGUGGGAACGUAGAGUGCUGACCUUGGAAAAUGAAAUUCGAGAACGGGAUAUACUUAUUCAUACACAACAAAGCGUUAUCAAUGACCUUAAACGGACGAUGAGAGAGAAUAGUGGUCUCCUGCAUAGCGGCGGUAGCAGCUCGGAUUCAUUCCAAACACGAGAUAACAGCCCCUCUUCACGAUUUUCUGUCGUCAAGUACAUUCUGAGCGAUGUAAACAGUCAACUAGCCAAUGUUUACGCCAUAGCACGCAUUCUCGAUCUCUCAUCUCAAGAACUGGACUAUCUGGAAAAAAGUCUCGAGAACAAACAAAACAAACGAUAUCUAUACUGAAACACUGCCAAGAGUAGAAUUACUGUAAAUAUUAUGUGUGCUACUGUUUUUUACGAAAAAUUGAAGUAAGUAGGUUGAACAUGUGCCUUUUCGGGUUUGAUCUUGAUUGCGAUUUCUUUACUUCGAGCUUCGAUUCAUCACCUUAGUACAGCAUAAGUACUAAAUUAUGUCAUCUACCGAGGCUCUCUAUCAGACUGUGAGGUUGUAUUCAUUUGAGUUCGAAUGAACAAACCUUUGUAAGCAUCUUUAUUUUUGUUUGUAAAUGUGUUGCUCAUUUGACAACUAU